AUGCACAUGCUUCGCUUGGUUGUUUCUGGGCUUGGUCUUGUGGCAUGCACGACUGCGCGCAACAUCUUCAGUUUGCAGCCUAACCGUCAAGGAACUCAUCUUCUGCCCCUUACUCACGGAGAUGCUCCUGAUCAUAAGCUUGUCGAGCGUGGUUCUAGUCCUCGCUGUGGCCCUGAUCAUGGCAAGUGUCCUGAGGGUAAAUGCUGCUCAACUGCUGGUUAUUGCGGGGACACCAAGAACCACUGCAGCUCUCCUGACUGUCAGAUCGACUUCGGUAAUUGCGACGCUCACACAACUCCAGGAGGCCCUCCUACGGACAAGAUUCCUCGGCCUCAUGUAGGCAACGUACCCUAUGGCCCAAAAUUCAUUCGGUCAUGUACUACUCCAGGAACUAUCGCCCUGACCUUUGAUGAUGGCCCCAAGGAAUACACUCAGGACCUUCUCGACCUCCUUGACAAUCCCGGGAUGCCUUGGGCAUCUUUGAUUCAACGCAUGUACCGCAGUGGCCACCAAGUUGCUAGCCAUACUUGGUCACACCAAGACCUUAGUAAGGUCACGCAAGAUCAGCGCCGGGUUCAGCUGCUGUGGAACGAAGUUGCCCUACGAAACAUUUUGGGAACAAUCCCCACUUACAUGCGCCCACCGUAUUCCAGCUGUACCGCGGAGUCAGGCUGUCUGGAAGACCUUGGCUCGCUUGGAUAUCAUGUCAUCCUGUACGACAUCGACACUGAAGAUUACAGUCAUGAUAGCCCGGCUCUGAUCCAACAAUCCAAGGACAUUUUCGAUCGCAACUUGGCCUCUCGGACGGAUUUCGAUAGGCCUUGGCUCGUCAUCGCUCACGAUGUCCAUGAACAAACGGUCCACAACCUCACCGAGUACAUGUUGAAGAAGCUUAUCGCAGAGGGCUACCGCGCCGUGACGGUUGGCGAGUGUCUGGGUGAUCCGCCUGAGCUCUGGUAUCGUAAGGACGAGGCCUUCGACGAUCGACAAACCCGAAAGUCUAAAUCCAAGAACGAUGUUGCCAAAACUGUAUCAGUUGAUGGCAUGUGUGGUGGAAACAUCACCUGUCUUGGGUCGCGGUUCGGCCCUUGUUGCAGUGGCACUGGUUUCUGUGGCAGCAUGUCUACAUUUUGCGGUUCUGGAUGUCGACCUGAUAAUGGUAAUUGCGGCGACAAUGCUGGUACCGUCAAAGGCGGUGGUGCCCCCAACGCUGGUUCUGGUAAACCCACGAAGCCGGCGAAGUCAGAAGGGAAGGCUUUGCAGCUAAGCUCAUCGGUGGCAAUUGUGAUAUUGUUAUUCCUCGUGGUGUUGAUGGAUUAA